UGCAGCUAAAAAGAACGGACCAAACGUCUAUGGCCGCGACCGUGUUUGCAUGACGAUGGUACGGAUAAAAUUGAAAACAUCAGAACAGCACGAGAUCCCGAAUACGAUACUAAAAACGAUGAGAGCAAACUGUUUACUUUCCAAACGACCAUUUUAUUGUCGCGAGUAUCGUAGACUUUAAGUUAGCGAAUAUACAAUGAUACAAACUGAAAGUGAGGUGAGACUGAUUAGAGGUUAGGCGGAUUUAACGAAUAAACCGGCAGUACGCUAAGCGGAAUUGUGAUCGUAUCUUUUGUUUGACUGCGAAACGUUAUUUAUUUAUUCAUCGUCCUUCUAUCGUCACAGUUACGUGAUGAGAUUUUGUGGAAAAUAAUUACGCGGAAUAUCGCCUGCAACACAUAAAUACGUUUGAACCAAACAGGCGGGAAACUCAGGAUUCGAACCAAUUAUGCAAAGAAAAGCGAGAAAAACGAGACGUCAGAUCUUGGCGGAGAAGACAGCGGCGCAGCUGCUACUGGUCAAUAAGGCUAACGCACUGAUGGAUCCUUUGAUUACUCUGCCGGAAUUCCACCGGUACGUCACGAAGGACGACGACGUGAUAAGAGUCACCUGCACGAGGGCUAAGGAUGCGCAGCCAGAAUGUCUCUCCUGGAUCUUCGACAUCAUGGAGAGGAAUGUGAAGGAUAUGUACAAGCGGUCCAGCUGGGGCUGGGACGCGACCGAAAAGCAGGCGGAAUUAACGGAGGAGACGGCUUGGUAUCUGGUGGCGUCGUGUGACGACAAAUUUCUAGGCUUCUCGCAUUUCCGAUUCGACAUCGAUCACGGUGACGUGGUAUUGUACUGCUACGAGUUACAACUGGAACCGUCGAUCAGACGGAAGGGGCUCGGCCGUUUCAUGAUAUCAGCCCUGGAAUCCAUGGCCUGUCAGAAUCAGAUGCAGAAGGUGGUUCUGACCGUUUUCGCGCACAACCCGACGGCGAUACAAUUCUUCUUUGCUCUCGGAUACAAGUUAGAUCACACGAGUCCACCCGCUUCGGCAAAGUUGGAUUACAUGAUCUUGAGUAAACAGAAUUUACGCGGAUAAAUAGAAAGCAAUCACUCAUCCCGCUACGCUAAACCACUCUCUCUUUCUCUCCUGAGGACCUCGCUGAAUUAAGACUGCGUCUUGUGAAAUAGGAUCGGU